AUGUCAGGCGCCAGUUCCAUAAAGAAUAGAACGCGAUUUUUGUAUAAUUUAUAUUUAUUUGGAUAUGUGUGCAUGAAAAGCGAAAGCGAAAACACUACUAAAAAAUUAAUUAAACAUUUCUUUUAA